GCCUGCGCUUACUCGAAUAAGGAUGUUGGUUAAAGGCAAACUGCUGCCUGGUGUUACUGUUCUUAUAACAUCACGACCUACAGCCGAACGUGCAUUUGAAAUGUUGAAAUUUGCAAGGACAGUGGAGAUUUUGGGGUUUUGAGGAACAGAUUAAGGAAUAUGUUAACAAAUUUUGUGAUAAUCAUAGCAAUUCCGCCGAGCAGAUUUUAAAUAAGAUUGACACUUCUCUCGAGCUUCGUAGCUUGUGCUAUAUCCCGAUUAACACUUACAUUGUCUGUCUGACCUUAAAGGAGAGCUUCAAAAGAAACGAAGAGGAUAUUCCAAAAACUAUAACUGAGUUGUACAAUAGAGCUGUUAAAAUCUUAUUGUGGAAGCACCAUCCACUUUGCAAGUCACAGAAAAUACCAAGACCAAAUGAUUAUCUGAUAGUACCUCUACCAUCUCAGCUUGAAAAUGAUAUGAAUCAAAUUAAAACUGUUGCAAUGAGAGGAAUAGAAGAAGGAAGUUUAAUUUUUGAGAAAGCAAGUACAAGUGACUUUCAUGAACUGGCAAAUUGUGGCUUGUUUCAUCAGAUACCACAUAAAACACGCUCUAUUUACUGUUUUCUACAUUUAACUAUUCAAGAGUUUCUUUCAGCAAUGUUUGUUGCCGAAAAUUUGCAAGACAUUGGAAAGUUUUUGGAUGAUCAUAGUACAGAUCCUAAAUGGCACUUGGUGAUACAGUUUAUUGCAGGUUUACUUGGACAAGUGAAGAGAUUGGGAAAUAUCCGAGACCGUGAAAUAACGGAAGAUAUUGAAAGAAGAUUUAAAGUGUGGAACGCAAACUUAAUUGGCAUUGAUAGAGAUAAAGCACUCGGUUUUCUUGGACUUAAGUGCAUAUACGAGUUGCAGGACAAAGAUGUAAUGAGGUCAGCUUGCAAGAUAUUUCCUUCUGAAGAAAUGCUUAUUGCUGGUGUUUCUUUUACGCCUGUUGAUUUAAACGCAUUGUUUGAAUUUAUUUUUGAAUGUGGUAACAUUUCUAAACUUAUGUUUAAGUCAUGCAAAUUUCUUAAUGACAAAAGUUGUCUUGCUAUGAAAAACUUUUUUGUCGAAUGAU